AUGGAAGCUAUUGAUAAUCUACUUGAGCAGUUGCAGAAAAAUGGACUUUCUAGGCCAGAAGUUGCUGAAAAUUUUUCAAAAUGCUAUCUAUAUGUUACGUGUGAACCAUGCAUAAUGUGUGCAGCGGCGUUAUCAACUAUUGGUAUAAAGGAAGUGUAUUAUGGCUGUGCAAAUGAUAAAUUUGGGGGUUGUGGAUCAGUACUAUCAUUGCACUCUAGUAGUUCUGAGCUGUCUGUUAGGUUUGAUUUUAACUUCUUUCCAAAUUUUCACUCUUGA